GUUUCUUUCUCUCGACUUCGGCGGUUUUGUUCGCUGCGUAGCUACGAAAGGGUUCAAUUUAGCUUCAACUGUCGAUCUGCACCUCGGCUUUGAUGGCAUUUUUUCUUUCCUAUAGUACCCCCGCCACUCUUUGAAAAUUCCACCUAAAAGGAAAAAACGAUCCACCCCAAAUAUUGGGUUUUAUUCUCACGUAAGUACCUAUUAGCUAUCUAGCUUGCUAACUGGCUAGGUAAGUGGCUAACGUUAACUGAUCAAGGAGGGAAAGUAGCUAGUGUUAGCCGCAGUUAGCUAGUUAGGCAACGAACGAACUAGCUAACGACUGACUGUCAUUAUAGUCGUCAUUCAUCAAAUGUAUUUAGCUAGCUACUUUAGUUUACUAGAGAUUACCAUAGCUAGCUUGCCAACUGUGCUAUCUAGAUAAUUAACACAUUAGCUACUAUUACUUUGAAAACGUUAUCAUGGUGUUUAUAGCUAACUAGCUAAUCCUUAGACGCCAUAUAUGACUGUUAGCACUCGGAGUCUAAUUUACAGCCAUUUCUCACACAGGGUUAACUAAUGUUAGCCUGCUGAGUUGGCGUGUAAUGUAAGUUAACGUUAGCUGGCUAGCUAGCAAUGGACGGUUUGUUUUGACAUUUCAGUGUUUUGUUAUUUUGAAAACACAGCAGUGGUACAAUCAAUACCUAUUUAGUUGAGGUUGGAACUUAGUUAACAACAUUUGAACAUAUUAGACAAGGUACAACGUGGCACUUGAAUUCAUUGUCAUUGUAGAAUUUAGAAAUAAUGAUUUGAGAUCAUGAAAACCCUAACAACCUAAAGAGUAUUUCACACCUGUUUAGAUGUUCUACGCUAUGCAAACCACCAGUGCCUAACAAUCAAUUAACCAAUGUCUUGUUUUACCAUUCAAUAUUUAAUUUGAUCUAAUAUAAUCCUCAGAGCCAGUUUAGCCUCUCUUUCCUCUUGACUCAACUGUAUCAUAUUGUGUUCUGUGCAGGUGUACAAUUACUACCCAGAGGGCUUAGGGGCGGCUCUCCGCCGAGAGCCGUUCGACUUCAACGCUGAGCCACCUUGGGAUCCUAGCUGAUAGUGGGGGAGCUCCAUCUCCUAACUCGUCCAUGUGAGUAGACAUCAGGUCACGUAGGAGGAGUACUGAUCUCGGUACAGUUUAGCCUUUUAGAUCAUAAUAAAUAUACAAUACUAUGGACAGGGGGACCCUGAUCCUAGAUCAGCACUCCUACUCUAAGACGCUUUGUGAAUACAGGCUCAGGUCACGCUGACACCAUAAUAACCCAAAUGUCCUUGUGGUGACUGUUGUAAUAACAAUUGCAUAGUGUUGGGCUACUUUUAUCUGAUGCUCUCUGUCCCUGUUGUUACUGGUGACUGGUUAUAUCCAGCAACAGAGAGGAGGGGCCACUCAGCCAUUAGUCAUAGUUGUAAAACAAUGCUUCCCGUCUUCACCUAUAACCUAAAUAUUAUGAUUUCUUUGUGCAUGUCAUGUGGUAAGCCUACUGUUAGAUUUGUGAUACGUUUGUAUUUCCUCCCAAGUCUUUGCCCCAAUGAAGUUGGUGGUCUGUAGAGUUAAGCAGUUUUCCAAGUUGCACAAACGUUAUUGUCCAUUAACCAAAAAGAGACCAUCAUUUGUGACCUUUGAUCUUUUGUCUUGGUUGUAGUGGGUUGUUGUCAGGGUUUUCACAGACUGCUGAGAUGUUGUUUUAGUCAUGCCACGGCAGGCCGGUGUCUUGGAGCCGUUCCAGCUUGCUAUCAUGAAGCUGUCUCUGUUUUUGAACUGCCAAUACGAGGCUCCCAGCCACAGAACAGAGACAGGGAGACACACAGCACCCUCAUGAUCACAAUAGUCCAACCCGGCUCAGCGACACUGCACCCCUCUGUUCACAGACAGUGGUCUGGUCCAGCCGUCAGACAUUGCAGUCUGUGAGGCCAAUCAACCAGACAUUGUGUCUCUGCACUGCACCUCAAACACCGAGUGCACAUCUGGCCCAGACCCAGGCUCACAAUGCUCUACUGACUGACGCAUUAUGUAACAUCAUCGAAAGCAGAGAUCUGUCAUCCCAUGCUGCUGGUAUAAUGCCAUCAAAAGAAACCUUUAUGGGUCACUGCCAGUGGGAUUAAUGCUAAUUGUCGGGAGUAAUUGAAUGGUAAAAGUAAACGAACUCCAUGCCCCAGAGCUCUUGUUUUCACAGUGGCUGUCCAGACACCCAGGGCUCCCCCAUACGCAACCCCCCCGUAACGUGAUUUCCACCUCGACCUCUGAAUGGCUGCCCUCACAAAUAGCUUGGUUCACAGCGGGAAACCAUCCUAAAGGCUUAACUGGUCCAACUAAGUGUAACAUGUAGAGAAAACUGCCUUUGCCCUUUUCUGUAAAAUAAUUCCCUAUUUCUUUCCCACCAUUUUUGUAAUGAUUAAAUGGAUCUCAUUUUCCCCAUCCACUUCAAUAGUUAUAUUUCAUGCUGCCUCUCUUCCUGUGUUUUCCAGUUUGCUGCAUACUAUCUAUGACCCCAAGGGCUCAGAGAGAGACCACUUUACCCAGGGGCUCAGAGAGAGACCACUUUACCCAGGGGCUCAGAGAGAGACCACUUUACCCAGGGGCUCAGAGAGAGACCACUUUACCCAGGGGCUCAGAGAGAGACCACUUUACCCAGGGGCUCAGAGCGAGACCACUUUACCCAGGGGCACAGAGAGAGACCACUUUACCCAGGGGCUCAGAGAGAGACCACUUUACCCAGGGGCUCAGAGAGAGACCACUUUACCCAGGGGCUCAGAGAGAGACCACUUUACCCAGGGGCUCGGAGAGAGACCACUUUACCCAGGGGCUCGGAGAGAGACCACUUUACCCAGGGGCUCGGAGAGAGACCACUUUACCCAGGGGCUCGGAGAGAGACCACUUUACCCAGGGGCUCGGAGAGAGACCACUUUACCCAGGGGCUCGGAGAGAGACCACUUUACCCAGGGGCUCGGAGAGAGACCACUUUACCCAGGGGCUCGGAGAGAGACCACUUCACCCAGGGGCUCAGAGAGAGACCACUUCACCCAGGCAAAAUUCUUUAUGAUUAGCAGACAACAGUUGAGAUGAAGGGACUAGCUGACGAACCAAACUACUCCGUCGCCCUGCUGGAGGGAACCACGGCCCUCAGCGACGUGGUUGAGAAUCACAUUUAUGAACAAACAUUGGUAAGUACUGUAAAGAGACAUUCUCUGUACAUUAAAAUACUUGCACGUUUUGAAGUCUUGCUACUUUAUAGCGUAUCAAAGUUGUGCCCAUGGAAAUGACAGAAAUAGAUUGAUAAAUUCAAGCAAUCACCACUUAAAUAUAUUGAUUCAGGAUGUGACAAAUACAAUGCUGCUGUGUAAAACUGUGUGCCAGUCUCCUCCUACUUGGUUGAAGUGGCAGGUUAAUGAGUCAUUGUGCCUGCUGACCACGCUCUAUAUGCUUUCAAUUCACACCAGUGGAAAAAUGAGGUUGCGGAUUGCUCUUAUUUAAUUGUAUGGUGUUUGAUGAGCGACAGUAAGAAUAAUCAGUCAUUGUGUACUUGACAUAUACAGGUGAAUGACAUUAUAGCAUCCCAGACAGCCAGUAAACCUGAUGUCAUGUUUUUCUUCCUCUCUCAGGCUGAGAAGAAUGCGUUCUUCGUGGCAGACUUGGGGGUCCUUAUGAGGCAACAUGUUCGCUGGCGAACCCACAUGCCCCAGAUGCGUCCCUUCUACGCUGUCCAAGCCAACAGUAGCCUGGCUGUCAUUGAGAUCCUAGCUGCUCUCGGCACUGGCUUCAUCUGCACCAACAAGGUGCCUGCAGUGCUCUCUCCCACUACUACUGUCAUAGCACUGCAAUAGCAUCACAGACAACCUGUCCAGAUCAAAUCACAUUUUAGUGUAGGCUAACUUACGGGUCCUUUUCCACAGCUUUAGGAUGUGUUUUUCAGUUAAAUACAUUUUUAUAGAUGCAUCUCGUAACUUCCAAUGGCUUACAUCAGUUGCAGCUUCUCACAGCUCUGUUCAGGAUCAAUUUGUUGGGCCAAUUACUGCUUUAUAACUGCUUCAUAAGUCAACUGGCCUCUACUCACAGAAAAUAGGAAGGAGCACCAUCUAGUGGAGAAAUUUCUCGCUGCCACAGUGCAUUGCUCCUUCACAACUUAGAGCUGUAAUACCAAUGUUGUUGUUUUUGUGUCUUUUCAGUAUGAGUUGGAGCUUGUGCAGGGCAGUGGCGUUCUCUCUGAAGACAUUAUUUACAGUGGUGUGUGUAAGCAGCUCUCCCAGAUCAAGUACGCAGCUAAAACGGCAUCGACUUCCUGGUGUGUGACAACGAGGCCGAGCUACGCAAGAUCGCUCGGUGCCAUCCCCGUGCCAAGUAGGUGUCCAUGUAAACUGUUAUUACAACUGUUAAACUGUUUUUAAAAGUCCAUAUUUCAUACUCUACAAUACAACUACAAUGGCUAUAGAUAUGAAAUACCUAAAAACAAUAAUCUCUCGCCGUCUCUGCUCAGACUGCUGCUGCAAGUGGCCACAGAGGCUUCCAGCGAGGGUGAGGAGAUGGGCAUGACGUUUGGCUCCAAGCUGAAGGACUGCAGACACCUGCUGGAGAGUGCCAAGGAGCUAGGCCUGCAGGUGGUGGGGGUCAGGUGAGUCCUUCUGCAACACCACCCUUCCUCUCUAGUCAUCGUUCAUUAUUAUAUUCUAGGUUUUUCUCUCUUAUUGUCUUUUAAUUAUGGGCUAAUUAAUUAAACUGUGCCUGUCUGUCCAAUACUAUUUUCACCCUGAGAAGAAAAUAGUUUAUUGUAUCAUCAGAGAUUGACCAUCGGACAAUUCAGCAGUAUUUUUUGUUUGCCUGAAGAAUAUAGCCACUUGCCCGAAAAUGUGAAAAUAGUUGUUUACACCCAAAUUGCCGUAACUUGUCGGUCACUUAACAACAGGGAGGUUUGCGCUGCUCGAGCUUAAAACUUUGUUCUGGUUCAAGAUUUCAACGCGCAGCUCACACCCGAGAUCAAUAGGAAAUAGUGGCUAGCGCUCUGCUCGCGCUGACCAAAAGUUAAGCUUCCAGUUUAGCAGGUUAAAAAAAGCGCCAGUGUAGCCCCUGUUUGGCUACUUGAAUUCAGUUUUAAAAAAUCGCCUGCCUAAUGAAGCUGCCCAGCUGCCAUAAAUUGGCCGUCUUUCACUUAAACAAUGGGGAUGAACCAGACAGAUCCGUUUUAGGUUAGGCCUAAUGGAAUUUUUAGCAGUUUUGUUUUCAUUCUUUUCUUUAUCACUUUGGGCAACCUCAGAGCAGGCUCAACUUGCCUGACUGCUCAGUUUACGUUCCUCAGUCAAUCUCUGAUCAUAUUGUAUUCUCAUUACGUCAUCAUUAUCCCCAUGAUGCAGGUUCCACAUUCCCAGCUCCUGUGACGACCCUCAGGCCUACAAUCAUGCAGUGUCUGACGCUCGCUGUGUCUUUGACAUGGGGGUGAGUUAGCUAGUGCUUACAUUAUGGGACUUUGAAUGUGCAUAAUAUGUGAAGGAACCUCCUGUUAUAUUUUGUUUUGAAGUUUACAAGUCUUUUUCUUUAAUGUUGUUUUCAGGAGGAUAUUGGCUUCAGUAUGACAAUCCUGGAUAUUGGAGGUGGAUUCAGCGGCUCAGAGACUCAGCUGAAACAGGUCAUUAUUGUAUAAUAGUUAGCUCGUUACAUAAUGCUGAUUUAGAUGAUUACUUCAGCUGUAUUAAUACGUGAUUCAGUCAGUCAAUGGUCACAAGCCACUUCACCCUCUUCCUGACGUCAGGCCUGUACUAGUAAUGUAUUUUUCCAAAGGAAAGCCUUCACACAGCUUUCCUUUGAAUUUGAGCAAACACACACACACUCUCUCUCUCUCUCUAUUGAAUGCCUGUUAGGCUGAAGGUGCAGUUUUUUUCCUCUGGUAACAGAUUAACAGUGCAGUCAGGCCGUUGUUGGACCUGUACUUCCCUGCAUCGUCUGGCGUCUCCAUCAUGGCAGAGCCUGGCAGUUACUACGUGUCCUCCUCCUUCACCCUGGCUGUCAACAUCAUCGCUAAGGAAGUAGGCGCCCGGGAUCUUCAUGGCAAUCACGGUCAGUGGCAGUACCUUCUCAAUACCUAGCAUAUGAAGUCAAAUGCACUUCCAUUGUGUGGUGGGCUGGUCAAAAUCAGUGCUAUAGUAAAUGUGGUUCAGCAGACCUAGAUGCUCCAGCAGACCAGCACAUACCUGUACUACUAUUGUGUCUUAUGACUGUUGUUUGCCAUACCUCUUUACAGAUGAACCAUCUCCCAACGAUGAGCCAGAGUUCCUGUACUACAUGAACGAUGGGGUGUACGGCUCUUUCACUAGCAAGCUAGCAGACAAUGUGAUUCCAGCCCCGGCUCUGCCUAAGGUGAGUUUUUUGGCUUCAGGGCUUAGUAAACUAAAUCUCAAACAAAAUGACUAAUGAAAUGACAACGAUUCUGCAUUUCAUGAUUUUGCAUCACCAAGCAAAGAUUCAGUUCAAUUCAAUUUCCCGUCUCAAAUACCCUGUAGUGAAUUUUAGGCUACAUCCCAAAUCAAAACCCUAUUACCUAUUUAGUCAUUUUAACCAUGGCCCAUACGUCUCUCUAAAUGACUCUCUGUGUCCCUGGAUGUUCCAGAGCGGUGGGUCCGAGGAACCGGUGUUUGCCAGCAGUCUGUGGGGUCCGUCGGGUGAUGAGCUGGACCAGGUGGUGGAUCAGUGUCUGCUGCCAGAGCUCAGUGUGGGAGACUGGCUGAUCUUCAACAACGCUGGGGCUUAUAGCCUGGGCCCUCCGUCCACUUUCACAAAUUCACCCAGACCCCCCGUCUACUACACCAUCUCUACUGGAGACUGGUAAGAGACAGACGAAUAUCAGGGUCAGGCUGGCACUGUCACUGUUUGAAAUGGGAAGCUGUUGAGUAUUUGAUUUGAUUUAUUGGUUGAGGUGAGUUUCCCCCAUUUUAAUGUAUGUAAAGUUCUUACACCAUCUGGAAAAGUGUCCAUUUAUUUAUUUGGGACCUACUGAUAUUUAUUUUAACAGUUGUAUGCUGCCAUUGACUUUGUUUUUUCUAUAUUGUUUUGGUAGUCUUUUGAAGUGAAGAGAAUGCUUUUCAACAAGUUUUGUUUGUUGUUGUUAACAGGUUUGAGAUGCAGGAUGCUGGUAUCACACAGGACAUCAGCAUGAAGAACUUCUCUCUGGUCCCCUGCUUCCUCCACUCCGGCCAAUCAGACGAAGCCCUGUCUGUCCCAGCUUAGGCCAGUUGAACCAACCCCAUGUCUCUGCUGUGCUGACCUCACCCUGGUCAUCAUUCCAAUGGGAGGAAAAGACUGAAUGGUGCUUGCUGGCUGAAAGCUUUUUAUUAUUCAUUUCAUACGGAAUUGAGCUUUUUUGGGGGGGGGGGGGGUCGGCGGUCGGCAGACUGAAUUGUUGAUGACAAGCCCUAUACAGUAUGUUGUUGGCUCUCUCAAGGAAUAGCACAGGUGUUCUUUCCUUUCCACAUUCAGUAAAAUAGUAUGCAACAAAAUGGAUGAGUCUGUAGGGAUGGAACUCCCACCUGUGUGGGUAUCCCAUGCGGUUACAGUUUACAAAUAGUAAAUACAUCAAAUGGAAUUUAAAAGUUAAUAUUUGAAACAUGUAUUAUAUUGCCUAUAUGUCUCCUUUUGCCAGUCUUGUAAAUUCAAUUGUCUACCUACUCAAAGUGGAAGCAGUUGUUUAUUUUAACAAAACCUGAUGUUUUAAAGCCAUUUUUGGAUGCUUCGCUAAAAACAUAUUUAUGUAUAUUUAUGGUUUUAUUGGUUGUGUCGUUUUUUUUUGGUGCUAUGAAUAUCUGAUCCCCUGACAUUUAUGAUCAGUCAGUAUUUAAAAGGGGGCAUACUGUAACUAAAUGCAUCCCUAAUGACACCCUAUUCCAUAUUUAGUGCACUACUUUUGACCA